AUCGGGUUCAGGCGCAGCCGAUGGCCGAACCGCCUCGCCAAGACCCCGACAUCGCCUCGCGUGUGCUGUCGGGCAUCUACGAGCUCGCCUGCUCGUCGGGGCGCGGCGAGCCCAUGCCCCGCGCCGUGGCCGACCUCCUCGAGCAGCGGGGCGUGCAGCCCGCCGACGCGCGCGCCGAGAACUGGAAGCGGGUGCGUCAGCUGCAGACCGUCUCCGCCGGCGCGACGCCGCUCGGCGAAGCGCUGGGUGCGCUCGACAGGCUCGUUGCGUCCCUCGGCAUCGACGACGCAUCCGAAGCGUUGGUCGGCCUCCGGGUGGAGCUGCGCAUGCAGGUCGUGCUGGAGCACCUGCGCGCGACGCCCGCCAGCUGGAGGGAGGGCAAGCGCGCCCUCGACCGCCACUUCUCCCGCCCGCGCUUCAAGGCGGAGAAGUCGUGCGUGAGGCUCCUCACCGACGCGCUCGAGAGCGCGUGCAAGGGGGAGGUUGCAAAGGCAGCCCCUCUCCUCCAGCGGCACUCGGCCGAGCACCUGCAGGGCAUGAUCGACGAGUACCUCUCCGACCACGUCCGCCCUCUCCUGCCUCACCCUCGGCUGAUCAGCAUCGAGCUCGGAGAGGGCGAGGACUGCGCCGACAAGGACCGCGCCGACGAGGACCGCGCCCGCGACAAGGAGGGCGCCGACGAGGAGGGCGCCGACGAGGGCGAGGCGGCCCGCCCGCCACAGGAGGCGCCGACGGUGCGCGGGGCGCGCGCGCAAGCACGCGCACGCGCGGCCCCUGCGGAGGC